UGAUUAGAUUACUGCUGUCACGUGACCCGACAAUAGCGGAAGAAGAAGGCUCGACCGCAGAGCGAAGUUUGUGCUGUGUCUGCAGGAUCACCCGCAGCCUUCAGGAUGCAGAGCACCGCCAACUACCUGUGGCUGAUCUCAGACCUGCUCGGUCAGGGAGCGACGGCAAAUGUUUACCGUGGACGGCACAAGAAAACCGGCGACCUAUACGCUGUCAAGGUGUUCAACAACCUGAGUUUUCUGCGGCCGCUCGAUGUCCAGAUGAGAGAGUUCGAGGUGCUGAAGAAACUCAACCACAAGAACAUCGUGAAGCUGUUCGCUGUGGAGGAGGAGUCCAACACCCGUCACAAGGUCCUGGUGAUGGAGUACUGUCCCUGCGGGAGUCUCUACACUGUCUUGGAGGAGUCAUCCAAUGCGUAUGGACUCCCCGAGGACGAGUUCCUCAUUGUUCUCCAUGAUGUUGUGGCAGGUAUGAACCACCUGAGAGAGUACGGCAUCGUUCACCGGGACAUCAAACCGGGAAACAUCAUGAGGGUGAUCGGAGAGGACGGACGCUCCGUCUACAAGCUGACCGACUUUGGAGCAGCGAGAGAGCUGGAGGACGACGAGCAGUUUGUGUCUCUGUAUGGCACUGAGGAGUACCUGCACCCUGACAUGUACGAGCGCGCUGUGCUGAGAAAAGACCACCAGAAGAAGUAUGGAGCCACGGUGGACCUGUGGAGCAUCGGUGUCACGUUCUACCACGCCGCUACCGGCAGCCUUCCCUUCAGACCGUUCGAAGGGCCGCGCAGGAACAAAGAAGUCAUGUAUAAAAUCAUCACAGAAAAGCCGUCCGGGACGAUCUCUGGCCAUCAGAAGUGUGAGAACGGGAAGAUCGAGUGGAGCACAGAGAUGCCGGUGUCCUGCAGCCUGUCAAAGGGUCUUCAGAGCCUCCUGACCCCAGUUCUCGCCAACAUCCUGGAGGCCGAUCAGGAGAAAUGUUGGGGCUUCGAUCAGUUCUUCGCUGAGACCAACGACAUCCUGCACCGAACCGUCGUUUAUGUCUUCAGCCUGCAGCAGGCCACACUGCACCACGUCUACAUCCAUGAGUACAACACGGCAGCGCUGUUCCAGGAACUGUUGUGCCGCAGGACCAGCAUCCCUCUGCAUAAUCAGGAGCUGCUUUACGAGGGCCGCCGCCUCGUCCUCGACUCCAACCGCCAGGCCAAGACUUUCCCCAAGACCUCCAGAGAAAAUCCCAUCAUGCUCGUCAGCCGUGAGUCCGUCGCCACCGUGGGACUCAUCUUUGAAGAUCCCAGUCCUCCUAAAGUUCAGCCCCGCUAUGACCUCGACCUGGACGCCAGCUACGCAAAGACUUUUGCAGGAGAUGUCGGCCAUUUGUGGAAAACUUCAGAGUCUCUGCUGCUUUAUCAGGAGCUGGUGCGGAAAGGAGUUCGAGGUUUAAUUGAGCUGAUGAAGGAGGACUACAAUGAGAUUAUGCGCAAGAAGUUGGAGGUUUUCCAUCUGUGUAACUUCUGCACACAGAUGUUGGAGAAGACCGAGCAGCUGUUCGAGGUGCUGAUGCAGGCCAACAUGCUGUCGUCAGAAUACGACGAGAUCUCAGACAUGCACAAGAAAGUUCUCAGAAUCUCCGGCUCUCUGGAGCCCAUCGAACGUACAACACAAGACGUCAAGAGUAAAUUUCUGCCUGGAGGCCUUCUGACCGACACUUGGACGCAGCAAGUUGGGACGCACCCUGAGGACAGGAAUGUGGAGAAGAUCAAAGUGCUGCUGGACGCCAUCACCGCCAUCUACCAGCAGUUCAAGAAGGACAAAGCAGAGAGACGUCUGCCGUACAACGAGGAGCAGAUCCACAAGUUUGACAAACAGAAGUUGGUCCUUCACGCGAGUAAGGCCAGGACUCUGUUCACAGACGAGUGCGCAAUGAAGUACCGUCUUUUCAUCUCCAAGAGCGAGGAGUGGAUGAGGAAAGUUCAUCAUGUGAGGAAGCAGCUGCUAAACCUGUCCAGUCAGCUGAUCAGCAUCGAGAAGGAGGUGACCAUGCUGAUGGAGAGAGCCAUCAAGCUGCAGGAACAGCUGCCACAGAAAGUUCUUCCUCUGGUGUCCAGUGGCAUGAAGCCUCAGGCCUACCUGAGCCAGAACACGCUGGUGGAGAUGACUCUGGGGAUGAAGAAGCUGAAGGAGGAGAUGGAGGGAGUGGUCAAAGAGUUGGCAGAAAACAACCAUUUCUUAGAGAGGUUUGGCACUCUGACACUGGACGGGGGCCUGAGAGGAUGAGUGGAGUCGAGUGUUGCUGCAGUUUGUACAUAUUCUGUGUGUUUACUGUGUAAAUAAUGUCGGACUGUUGAAGACAAAGCUUUUUGUAUGAGUCUCUGGAAACUCUGGCUCAAUUGCUUCAGUCGCUUUAAAAGAAAAAGAUCGGAGAGGUUUUCAGCUAAGGAUUGGCAAAGAAAUGCAGAGCAGCUUCAUCCAAUCACAUCGCAAAGAGACCCUGAAACACCUUUGAGUAUUUAGGCGGACACAGCCGGGAGCAACAGGUUUAGGGAGGGUUUAUGUCACGUUUGGAGUCAAAUACUUUCGGCUGCAGGUGUUAUUGGAAAUGAUGAAUGGAUUAAAGAUCACCACAGGUGUGUUUACGUUGUUCUGUAGUUUUCACCUGAAGUGGAAUAUUUAAGAGAACAGUUUUAAUGGAUUAAAUGUUAAUGGUUUAAUGGGUAAAAAUAAAUAAAUAAAACAAACGUUAACUUUAAUGUCUAAGGAGUAUUUACUGGACCUUCUUUCAGCAACAGGCUCUGAUUAAUCUGAUUUUACUCUGUAAAAACUUUAAAGCAUGAGCAGAGUUUGAGAUGCUUUGACAUAGAAGUUUUAGGUUCUAAUUAAUAUCAGGUAGAAAACAUUUAAAUCUCUGACUGAUGAUUCAGAUGAAGCCGUUUCCUGCUCUUUGGGUCAAAUUAGGCUAACAUUAUACAGAGUAUAUUAUGGGGUAUUUAAUAUUUUUCCAGCUGGAUUAAGGAACAUUUAAGGGUUUGAAUCUGUGGAAAAAUACAAAAUGGCAUUAAGUUUGCAAUUAAAAUAAUUUUUAAAGUGUUAACUUCUGAAAUGUUCAACUUGAUCUGAGUUUUUUUUUUUAGAGGAUUGUGUAUUAAAUUAGUUUUUUUUUUUCCUUCUUUGUUAAGUGUCAUCAAAUGUAUUUAUUUCCCUCUAAGUUGCAUUAAAGUACUGUAUUUAUGGGGAAAGCUGGUGUCCUUUUAAUAAAGGCACUAAAUUUUAUCGGACUGUGGAUUGAACAGAAUAUUUCUGAUUAAUGAUUAUUUUUUUCCUCCUCAUAUGUUAGUCUCUCUUUGUCAUACCUCUAUCCUUCAGCUGGUCGUCCUUUUUGCUAUCUUUGUUUUAUUUCUUGUCCAUGAUUAAAACGCCAAGUGACUGUUUAAAUGACCUGUAAAUACGCCAUUCAAUCAAUCAAUAAAUAAACUGAUCAGGCAUGAA